AUGGAUGAUGAUGAUGAGGGUUAUCUUGUUGAUGUCAUGGAUGAUGAUAAGGAUUAUCUUGUUGGUGUCAUGGGUGAUGAUGAUGAUGAGGAUUAUCUUUUUGGUGUCAUGGAUGAUGAUGAUGAUGAGGAUUAUCUUUUUGGUGUCAUGGAUGAUGAGGGUUAUCUUAUGAGGCGGUCAGAUCUGGAGGCCUCUGUGCUGGUCCAUGGGGUGCAGUUACUGCGGCGGGUCACUGUCCCGGAGCCGCUUCUCUUCGCCGCGCACAUCCCUGAGCGGAGGAGCCUGGUGUCGGUGGACUGCGCUGGGACUGUGCGGUUGUAUUAUGAGGAUGGUCGGUUUUGUUGCUCCCAGCAGCUCGUGUGGCCGGUGUCUGGUCUGCUCUAUGCCGCUGCGCUCCAAUACUAUGUGGCCUGGACCCAACAUGAGCUGCUGCUGUUUGAUGGGUCAUUUCUGUUCCUGUCCAGAAGUCCUGUGCCCCGGGGGGUGUCCUCAUGUGUUUACCACCCUGGAAGGAACCUUGUCCUGAGUGCCGGAUGUGGCGGAGUCAUCGCCUGGAGCUUUGGUCACAGCGGAUGCAGCCUUGUGCAACACCAGUCCCUGAGUGAGGGGAUGACAGAGGAGGACACGGUGACCGCCCUCACCAUAGACUCCACAGCUCCACAUCUGCACAUGUGUUACGCUGCAUGUAGGACCAACGUGUGGGAGUAUGACCUGCAUGACGGGACCCUGAGAAGAGUAAGGAGACAUCUACAUGCCAGGGUGAUCAGCAGCCUCCUGUACUCUGAGCAGCUUCACCUCCUCAUAUCUGGAUCAAGGGAUGGUAGCAUCAAGGUGUGGGACAAUGAGACACAGCUUGUGGCCGUGUUUGUGGGUCACACAGGUCCUAUCACCGCUCUGUCACUCACCUCUUCGGGGACAGUCCUUGUCUCUGGGUCAGAGGACGCUUCUCUGAGGACAUGGGACCUCAACACACAGGAGCAAAUGGAGGAGCAUCGGGUGUCUGGGUCCUUGUUGGGCCUGAAUACUUUCCACAACAGUGAGGACUGUAUUGUUUCAUAUAGCCACCAUGAGAUGCUGGUCUGGCAGGCCCAGCACUGGUACCAGCUGCACUCCCAACUGGGAACUGCUGUGACCGCAAUGACCGUCUGUGAGGAUCUUUCCCCCUCCAGAGUCCUGUGCAUCUGUGCAGAUGGUACUGUACGGCUCAUAUCUUCCGCCACCGGAGAGCUGAUAACUACUCUGCAUGGAGGGGCGCGGGUGCUGGGGGCAGAAUACUGUGCCUCCCAGGGGGCAGUCUAUGCACUACUCGUAGAUGGGCACCUACUGGAGGCCAGCGUCCUUACCAGUCCCAUGAGUGUUGUCAGUAGGGUGAAGAUCCGAAACUCACAGAGUCCACCCUGCUGCUUCAGCCUUUUCUGUAGAUCAGACAAGGAGGCUGCGGGUCAACAUGAGGACGGGUCCAAAGAGAAAGAGGAUUCACCGUCCACCAGGAAUAAACAUAGGUUCUUCUGUUUGAUCGGACUAGAAGACGGCCGCCUUCAAGUAUAUACCCGGUGCUCAGACCAGCUACAGUGCGAGGUCGCAGCCCACAUUCCAGGCCAGGUCAACUGUCUGAUGUCCGACCCAGAGAACAACUACGUCAUAUCAGCCGGGUCUGAUCUGAUGGUGAAGGUCUGGCGAUUCUUCCCGUACAGCGAGGAGAGUCUGAGUAUUUGUCUGAGCUUUUACUGCACUCAGCAGGUUGAACACAUGUGCUCCCUCAAUUCCCGGCUCUUUGUCGCCUUCCAUGACUCAUCCAGCGCAACGUAUACACUUGUACAAUAUUGCCUGAAGACCGGAACCCGCAGCGACCAUCCAUCUAGCUAUGACCAUCAGGACCAGAUAACAGGUGUUUGCGCUAGCCCUGGAUUGGGAUUAGUGGCCUCAUGUGGAAGAGACGGAAACAUCCGAAUCUGGACAGAGGAAAACCGCCUGCUCAGGAUUCUUUGUCUUAAUGCUUCCCCAGAAAGCUUUGUGUUCUGUAGCAGCCGAGGAGACCUGCUGGUGGGGAUCCAUGGGCACGUGUACAGAAUCAGUCUGAUGAGAGUGCUGCCCCGGCCGUACAAGUUGAAGAUAAUGUGCAUGGCACCUCUCCCUGAUGUGGUAUCCAGUCAGACACCUGAGUAUAUGGGGGACAUGAAGAGACGCACACAGCCGAGCAGCCUUCCCCUCAGGAACACACUGGACUUUCUUCAGGAUUCGGUGGAGAAUACAGGACAAAAAGAAGAGGAAUGUUUAUUAUUACGCAGCAGAGACCAGGAGAUUCAUCUGAUCCAGACAGGAAAACUGAAAUCCUGCAAGAGAAUAAAGGGCAGCGAGGAGACAAGGAGGGAAGCCAUGGAGAAGUAUCUACAGCUCCUCUACCUGGAGAAAGCCAGAUAUAAGAUUCCUGAUCAGGAUGCUUUUGAUCCAGAAGAGCUGCUGACAACCUCAGGGGUUCAAAAGCCAAAGAAAACCCAAUUUGUUCCAUUGUUAAAGGAUCACGGAUUCUUCACAGAUUCAGCUUUGGGAUUUUCCAUCAGUUCCUUACCCCAACAUCUCCAGGUUUCGUUUUUAGCUGCUGGUGUCCUCCCUAACUCGGCUCUACUACAGCUGCUUUGGCCGAUAAAAACAGAGGAGAAUCUUAGACCAAUAAAAAAAAGAGAUGGACUACAACUUGGGCUCACACAACCUCUUAAACUAACUGAUAAAUCUGAAGUGGAGAAAGAAAAUAGGAGUAAAGAGACCGAGGAGCCGACUGAGGAGGCUGCUGCGGAGACAACUGAGGAGGCUGCUGCGGAGACAACUGAGGAGGCUGCUGCGGAGACAACUGAGGAGGCUGCUGCGGAGACAACUGAGGAGGCUGCUGCGGAGACUGACGACCUGGAGAAGAUCCCAUCCCUCCUUCAGGACAUUCUAGCCACGGUGAAUGCAAGAAAAGUGUCACCUCCGGCAUCGGAGACAAGUUCUCCUCCUCUUCAGUCACCUCCUGCUCAAAGCCCCAAGCAGACAAGAUCCAUAGGACCACAGAAAACCUGGAAAUUGUCUCGGAUUCCAAGGCCACGUGCAGUCCAAAAAAAGAGUUUCCCAAAGCCCUUCGUUCCUGUGCAGUUUCCUCCGCCACGUCCUCUUCUGUCUCCUCCUGCAGACGUUGUGGACAAGCCAUGUCCUUCAUUAUCUGUAACCUGUGAAGAAGAAGAGCCGCCUGUGAGGAGCCCCGAGAAGUCAGAGGGCCCCAGGGUCCCGUCCUUCAUUCUCCAAUUCCAGGAUCAGAGCUGGUUCUCCCUUGUUCUUCCUGUCGCUGAGGCACAAUAUCCAGACUUUGAGUUUCGCCUCCUGCAGGCAUUUCUCCAGGCUGAACCACCAGUGUGCACUCAGCUUCUCCACGCUCUGCAAACUCUCCACCAACAAGGGCACCUGAGAUAUCCCCAGCGUGUCUACCAGACCCUCAGAGACGUCAUCAGCAGGCAAACAGAUCUGAUGGUGUCUGAGGAGCCAGAGUUUGUCUGCCUCUGUCUGCGCUUCAUGGGCGAUCUGUCCCGGAGGAGUGAGGAGCUGAUUGUGGAGCUGCUGGUGAAGUGUGUGCAGCUCCAGGCCCUGCACAAGGAACAGGUCAUCACUCUUCUCCAUGAGUUUGGGGUUCAUGACCCCCGGGGGUUUAUAGUCCAGAAGUGCAAUUCCUGGGACAGCUGGGAUGAGGCCGAAAACAAAAGAGAAGCUCUGAGGGCAAUCUGCGGAGACUGGCUACGUCUUUGGACCGACCGCUUGGUGGAUCAUCUUCAGGCAGCGACCACUCAAAAUAAAGAGAAGUGGGGGUCACAUGGAGGAAAGAGUGUAACAUGUCCGCCAGAGAGGAGCCAGGGAGGCACGAGAACAAGACGCCAGGAGCCUCAGGAGCGUCUUUUAUAUGAUGUCACGCCCAUCCAUGUUCUGAAUUAUUAUUGUGAUGUUCAGAUUAAGCGAGAGCUACUGGGACUGAGGGAUCGGGAGCCUGGAUAUGGGAGCACGGUCCUGGCGCUUCCCCCGAUAGACAGAGGUCGAGCUGUGCUGCGGCUGGGAGAGACUGGUAUGCAUGGAAAACAAAGACCCCAAGCAGGUGGGAACUUUCCUGCAGUUCUUCCUCCUCACCGUUCUGACAUCAUCCCCUUUAUUAAUCUUCCUGUGAAGAAGGUGACCCUCAGCCCAUUCUCUGGCACAGAGGACACCUCCGCGGGGCCACAUUUCACUGACAUUCACCGAUAUUUCAUUGUGCAGCAGUCAUACAUAGAGAGAUAUUAGUUGGUGUGAAGUGGCAUCACCACACAGAGGUCCUGAGAACAAUUCACUUGUGAUGACACAGCAGCCGCCCCCACCCCAGAACCACAGGAUAUCCGUCCUCCACCAUCACAACCAGUGCGGGGGCUGCCCAUUACAUCUACAAUAAAUGGUUCUAGUCAGUAUAAUCUCCAUCGUUUAGUGUAUACAGCUCUGAUGCAUCCCCAUAAGAACAUGCUGCAAAUCCUGUACCUUCUGAUAUAACAGCCAUACUUCUUAACUUGUCCCUACUCUAGUGUGAGACAAGCUGCAGAGUCCACACUUUCCCGGUGUGAGAUGAUCUACAGAGUCCAAACUUCUCAUCAUAACUACUAUAUGCACUACUAUCCACCAAGGGAAACAGAUCACCCCUUCCUGCUACCGCACGCCAGUGCACGGAAACUGCUGGUAUCGUCGCCGGCCAAACAUGAGAUACAGCAAAGAAGAAAUCCAGCACUGAUAGCAUGCGAUCCAAUAGCUUUGUCUUUGUAUUCUGUAUGAACACGCUUAAUAAACAGGAGAUAAAAACUAUUCUGACGCGUUUCGUGCUGUCAGCGCUUAGUCAUAGAAUAGUGAUACAGAUACACAAUUGCUUAAAAUACUCUGGAAGCCACAUCCUACUUCCUGUGACGUGGAUUCUCCAACAAUCAAGUCAAAACCCUCUGGACAGGUGAGUACUCCCAAUGUUAUGUAGCAGUGAAGUCACUUACAUAAUUAGAACAAUGUUUCUGAAUAAUGUUUCACUGGUAGCCUGUAUCGGUUAGAAGGGUAACAAUUGGUUGACAUUCAUAUGAUGAAUUAUUCCAAAACAUGUAAUUGCCUUGUUAUUGUCAAACAAAAACCGAAACAAAAAAAGGAUGCAUCCGAAAAAAACGCAUUGUCUGAACAGAGUCCAAUCCAUUUUAAUUUGUGGUAAUAAGGUCUAGUCUGCAAUUCAAGCCCAACGGCUGUCUAGUCCCUAAAAUAAACAUCCGGUAUGUUUUCCUAUUUUAUUACAAGACGAGGAGGCUCGCUUAUAAACAAACGGUUAAUAUUUAGUUACUAAGAAAAAUAUGCAAAUAAGAUAAGGCCAAUAGGCAAUCAGUGAAUAGUCCAGUAACAUAAAUGCUCAGACUAGUCCAAUAACUUCCUCUUUCUUUGCUGCUUCAGUAUAAGUACUGUAAUUUUUGCUCUGCCUUAUAUACGUUUUACUCCAUUUAUUAUAUAAUUUAUUAUUUUCUAUUUAAUUUAGAUAUCCACAAUAUUGUUAAUAAACAUAUUAUUCUUUAUUAACUCAUUUAUAAAAUUAUUUAAUUCAUUUUUUUAUUUAUACAUUUAUUUAUUGCUUUAUUUUAAUAGUUAAUAAACUGUGCGUCACUGAGGGCUCGAGCGCAGCUGGUGACCAGCUGUAUCUCCCACUUUUUUCAUCUCUCCUCACUCGCGAUCCUCCGUUUGUUAGGGUGGGUUCACACUACGUUUUCUCCCAUACGGCAGGGGGGAGCU